AUGGACAUUAAACACGCGGCCCCGCCGGCAAUGCCCUCCUCAUGGACAAUCCCGCAGACAGUCAAUAUGAAUGAUCAUGGAAGGAAAUCGACUUGGACCACGCCAUUGUCGCCAUAUCUGAGGGGCCUCAAGAUAAAAAACCUCAUGACGUCCCCCAAAUCACCAAAGUCACCAAAGUCACCUAAACCCCCAAAGUCGCCGAGGUUCCCUCUGUCGCCCACAUCACCCAGAAAUCUACCGCCGAAGCUUCUGGACGAGGACUCGUCUUUUCGAAUUAUACAUACGCCCGACAGGCCAGACCGGCCAAUUUCAAGGAGGGCCAUUCCGAAUGACGAGCAGUGCAUGGAAUUCCUCAUGUCGCUGCAGAGACAGGAGGAACACAAAAGGGGAGGCGUCAAGACUGGCCUCAAGAUGUGGCCGUACCCAGAGGAGCAGGAGGCCGAGGACCGCAGGUAUCUCCGGAGCGUGAGGGUUGAGAGCGUGCACUUGGAAGAAGCCCGCCUGGCAAGGACCAACUCUUCUGGCCCGGCGAGGGUCGUGGAAGUAGGCAGAAGCUCGACCAAGUCGACAACAGCAUCACGGCGGUCAUACCACACAAGAACAUCCAGUGUCAGCGAUGCAGAGGAUGUCGACGACGAGCCCCGGCGCAGACCUAAAAUGGCCGUCAACGAUCCCCCCCUCUCUCCACCGCCUACCCUAUCCCGCAGUCAAUCACGGCUAAGCUUUUACACCCCGAAAGCAAACACAUCCCGCUGGUCCGAUGACAGCAUUGAAUCCCUCUUCUCGUCGAGAGACAUCGACUCGCCGUGCCCCCAGCGAGUUACUGUCCGCUCAUCUUCCGAAGCGCUGUCUCCCACGGUAUUUGGGGACGAGUCGGUCGGCUCCUCUUCGCCUUCUCUCCUGACACCAGUGAAAGACCGGCCAGCGACGCCGUUCACAGACCCCCGCCUCCGGGCAACGUCCGAUCCGAUGACCCCUCCACCGUCAGAUCACAUCGUUCACCAGAUGAACAUAAGUCCAGAGCCGGUACCGAGAAAAUACUCGUGGCGAUCGUCCAAGGACACCAUUCUUAAUACGGGGGCCCCAAUAUCAAGAUUUCAGUCGUGGCUACCAGAGGCGCGGCCGGAAGAGGUGACUGAGAAUGACAAGCAGCAGCAACAGCAGUCUGAGCCGGACGUCUAUGGCGACUGGGCGGACUAUUACUUUGAGGAUGGCAAUUUCUGGGACGACUAUUCGGAUGGUGAUGACGAAGGAGACGAGACAAAAGUAGAGGAAGAGGAGGAUUCUCUCGCCGUGGAGAAGGGGGAGCAAGAUUUUGGCGAGAAGGAGCGAGAAAAAGAAAACAGUGAGAAAGGCCAAAAGGACCGCCUUCGAGUCGAUGACGAGCAGGUUUAUCCGCGCUACGAGAGUUUCAUUAAGGAUUACAAGAACAACGUCAUGAAUACAACGGUUAUGCAGGAGUGA